UUUUGAACUGAAUUACUGAAAUGAAGUAACUCUUUUUAAAGUGAAAUUCUAAUUUUUUGAGAUGUACUAGUAAAUAAUUAGUGUUUUGCUGUUUAAUUAAUUCUUCUAUAAUUAAGAAUAAUAAUUUUAUCAUUAUUUUGUUAUAAUAAAAAGUCAGAGCUGUUUUAAACAGCAGUCAACACUUAGCGCCUCCUACAGGCAACUCCUUGUUAGUGCAGUACACACACACACACACACACACACACUGUCGGCUCCACUUUUGUUACCGAAGGAGUGAACACACACACACACACACUGUCAGGACAGUGAGAGCAGUGUGUGGAGCUGAGGAUGAGCAGGCGGAGGUGUAAACAGCAGCUGGUGAAAUUCCUGCAGCACCUCCAUCGACUCCUCACCGGGACCCUCAGCACAGAUAAUGAGGAUGAGGAGCAGGAUGGUACUGUGGUGCGCCGUCGGCGUCCGGAGGACCUGGAGAGACUCCACCGUCAGAGUCGCUUCAGCAAGAGAGAGCUGCAGUUUCUCUACAGGAGCUUUAAAAGUGGCUGUCCCAGCGGCAUCGUAACCGAGGAGACAUUUAAAACCAUCUAUAGCCAGUUUUUCCCUGGUGGAGAUGUGACUAAAUACGCUCAUUACCUCUUCAGUGCAUUCGACACUGAUCAGAACGGCACUGUCAGCUUUGAGGAGCUGAUCAGAGGCAUGUCGGUGCUGCUGAGAGGUUCUGCUGAGGAGAAGCUGUACUGGACCUUCAACCUCUAUGACCUGAACCGAGACGGACAGAUCACUAGAGAGGAAAUGCUGGAUGUACUGAAAGCUAUUUAUGAUCUGAUGGGGAAGAAUGUUCCUACAGGACUAAAGGAAGAGAUACCCAGAUUACACCUGGAGGCCUUCUUUCAGAAAAUGGACCGGAAUCAUGACGGCGUGGUCACCGCUGAGGAGUUCAUCGAAACCUGUCAAAAAGAUGAGAAUAUCCUGAGGUCGAUGGGUCUGUUUGAGAACACUGUUUAGGAGCAGCUGGUGGGUUUCUGCUGAAGGAUGACAGCUGCUGGGUCUUCAGGAACUCUUCAGGACGAUCUGAUUGGACGAUGUUGACGCUCUGUGAUUAAUGAACAUUGCUGUCGGUGGAUUGAUGGCGUCGUCCAGCUCUGAGAUGUUUUACAGGAAGUGACAGUUUUCCUCUUCUCUUGCACCAAUCAAAACCCGACCCAACCCUAAGAAUCGUAAAAAAAACGGAUGACAAAACCUCGUCAAACGUUAACAUCCGUCUCAGAUCAGAGCUUUAACUAUGUAUAGCUGUAUCUGUAAUUAUGUGUAAAUUGUGGGGUUUGUGUUCAGAAAGAGACAGCACUGACGAAUAUGCAUUACUGUGUAUAUAUAUUUACUUUAAUUGAAUGUAAAUUGAUGGUGUGUUAAUCAGGGUGUGAUCUUGUGUGUGUGGUCAGAAGUAUUUGGACACCUGCGCUUUCAUUGUUUUUAACAAAAAAGGUAUUAAAAUAAUUUAUCCUG